GGGAGACGCCUGUGGCAAAAGAGUAACUGUCAAAUGCAAGGUUCCUUUAAUAGGAGUGAUCAGUCCGGCUCCGAGAGUCAUGGCGACUACAGCAUCCAAUCAUUACAAUAUCCUCACCUCCAGCCCAUCUAUUGUACACUCGGAGCCUGGGAGCAUGCAGCAAGCCACGGCUUACAGGGACGCGCAAACCCUGUUGCAGAGUGACUACUCGCUGCAGAGCAACAGUCACCCGCUCAGCCACGCGCACCAGUGGAUAACAGCCUUGUCACACGGAGAAGGAGGUCCGUGGUCGUCCAGUCCCCUCGGCGAGCAGGACAUCAAGCCAGCGGUGCAGAGCCCCCGGGACGAGAUGCACAAUUCCAGCAAUUUACAGCAUCAGUCGCGGCCACCCCAUCUGGUACAUCAGACACACGGGAACCAUCACGAUUCAAGGGCAUGGAGAACAACGACGGCGGCUCACAUCCCCAGCAUGGCCACGUCGAACGGACAGAGCCUUAUUUACUCGCAGACCGGCUUCAGCGUGAACGGUCUCAUCCCGGGCAGCGGCCAGGGCAUCCACCACCACAGCAUGCGCGACGCGCACGAGGACCACCACAGCCCGCAUCUCAGCGACCACGGCCAUCCACCGUCCCAGCACCAGCACCAGCCGCACCAGAGCCACCACGACCACUCGGACGAGGACACGCCGACCUCGGACGACUUGGAGCAGUUCGCCAAACAGUUCAAGCAGCGGAGGAUCAAGCUGGGCUUCACGCAGGCGGACGUCGGACUAGCUUUGGGAACGCUCUAUGGAAAUGUGUUUUCGCAGACCACGAUAUGCAGGUUUGAGGCCCUGCAACUCAGCUUCAAAAACAUGUGCAAGCUCAAGCCUUUGUUGAACAAGUGGUUGGAGGAGGCAGACUCCACAUCUGGCAGCCCCACGAGCUUGGACAAGAUAGCUGCGCAGGGGAGGAAACGGAAAAAGAGGACUUCCAUCGAGGUAAGCGUCAAAGGGGCUUUGGAGAGCCAUUUCCUUAAGUGCCCAAAGCCAGCCGCGUUGGAAAUUACUUCGCUGGCGGACAGUCUGCAGUUGGAAAAAGAGGUAGUGAGGGUUUGGUUUUGUAACAGAAGACAGAAAGAGAAACGGAUGACUCCUCCCUGCGGACCUCUACCGGGUCCCGAGGACGUAUACGGAGACACGCCGCCGCAUCACGGGGUUCAGACGCCAGUUCAGUGAGAAAAGACAAAAACAAUACAAAAACAAGGACAUAUCUUAUCAUACUGACUGCUUCAGUCUUCAUUUAUGAUUAUGUUCACAUUGGAGCUAUCCAAAGUGAAAGCAGCUGCGGUUUAGACUACUGAGGCGGGAGAGCAGAUUAUAUCCGUCUUCAAUGUUACUCAGAAUUCGUACUGCUGCAACAGAAGGGACCGUGCGUUCCCCGCGCCAGCAUAGAGAACGGUUGUUCUGUGAAUACCCAGCACUGUGAAAAGACGCAGUUUUAAGGUGUAACCCUACUAUUUAUCAAACACUUUGAGACGAGCGAAAAUGUCCUACUCAAACGCGA